AUGACGAGUGUGCUGUCUUUGAUUGCCUGUUUCUGGGUCUUUGUUAUUACUGUUGUACUUAUUGUCGUCGGCCUUCUAACAAGACUUUCCUUCUGUAAGUCUGUGGUUAUUAACAGCUAUUUCUGUGACCACGGCCAGAUAUAUCGGAUGGCCUGCAAUGACUAUAAACCUACUUAUUACUUUAGUUGGUUUUUAGUAGUUCUAAUUCUUUGGCUUCCAUUCACAUUUAUUUUGUUUACUUAUUCAUGUAUCGGCUAUGCAUUGUCUAAAGUUGCCACAGUUCAUGAAAGAGUGAAGGCCUUUAAAACCUGCACAGCUCAUCUUUCGUUGGUGGUAAUCUAUUUCGUCCCAAUAUUAGUCACAUUUACUUUGGGUUCACAAAUACCUCCAAAUGCCAGGAUUCUAAACCUGUCUCUGACCUCUGUCUUUCCUCCAAUGCUGAAUCCAAUCAUUUAUGUUUUGCAGACGCAAGAAAUCAAAGAAUCUAUGAAAAAAAGAUUGAAAUUUAGAAAGAAAUCCCAAAUUACAGUGAAGAGAGAAAUCAUGAAAUGA